UUGGCCCGGGGGAGGCGGAGGGGUAGGCUGCGCGGGAGGCCUAGAGGGGCAGCCGGCGAUGGCGGCGGCGGGUCGGCUAAGGUGGUUGCUCGCUGCGCUUUGCCUGGGCAACGCCGCUGGGGAGGCGGCGCCGGGGCCGCGAGUGCUGGGCGUCUGUCUGGAGGAGGACGGAGCUGCGGACUCCGGGUGGGCGCGCGGAGGGGAGGUGCGGGACGCGCAGGCGGAGGCCACCUUCCGCCUGCGCCUCUUCGGCUCCGGCUUCACCAACAGCUCCUGGGCUUGGGUGGCCCCCGAGGGGGCGGGCUGCCCCGAGGGCGGGCCGGCCGCGGCGCCGGAGGAGGUGGCGGCCCCCACGGGCGAGUGGCGCGCGUUACUGCGCUUGCGCGCCGAGGCCGAGCGCCAGGACUCGGCUCUGCUGGCGGUGCUCGUGGAGCCUGGCGGCUCGGCGUCGGAGGAGGCGGUGCCGCCCUGGGCACUAGGCCUGGGGGCCGCGGCGCUGCUGGCUUUGGCGGCGCUGGCGCGGGGCCUGCAGUUGAGCGCGCUGGCGCUGGUGCCGGCCGAGGUGCAGGUGCUGCGCGAGAACGGCUCGGAGGCGGAGCGUGCGACGGCGCGGCGGCUGGAGCCCGCGCGGCGCUGGGCGGGCUGCGCCCUGGGCGCACUGCUGCUGCUGGCCAGCCUGGCGCAGGCGGCGCUGGUGGUGCUGCUCUACCGCGCAGCCGGGCAGCGCACCGUGCCCGCCGUGCUGGGCAGCGCGGGGCUUGUGUUCCUGGUGGGCGAGGUGGUGCCGGCCGCCGUGAGUGGGCGCUGGGCGCUGGCUUUGGCGCCGCGCGCGCUGGUCCUUAGCCGUUUGGCGGUGCUGCUCACCCUGCCCGUGGCGCUGCCGGUGGGGCAGCUGCUGGAGCUGGCGGCUCGGCCGGGUCGGCUGCGCGAGCGCGUGUUGGAGCUUGCGCGCGGCGGCGCCGACCCCUACAGCGAUCUCAGCAAGGGCGUGCUGCGCUGCCGGACGGUGGAGGACGUCCUCACGCCUCUCGAGGACUGCUUCAUGCUGGACGCCGGCGCAGUGCUGGACUUCGGCGUCUUGGCCAGCAUCAUGCAGAGCGGCCACACGCGCAUCCCUGUGUAUGAGGAGGAGCGCUCCAACAUCGUGGACAUGCUCUAUCUCAAGGACUUGGCCUUCGUUGACCCUGAAGACUGCACGCCGCUCAGCACCAUCACCCGCUUCUACAACCACCCACUCCACUUCGUUUUCAACGACACCAAGUUGGACGCGGUCCUGGAGGAGUUCAAGCGAGGGAAGUCGCACCUGGCCAUCGUGCAGAAGGUGAACAAUGAGGGCGAAGGGGACCCCUUCUACGAGGUGCUGGGCCUGGUCACCCUGGAGGACGUCAUCGAGGAGAUCAUCAAGUCCGAGAUCCUGGACGAGUCUGAAGACUACCGAGACACCGUGGUGAGGAAGAAGCCUGCUUCCCUGAGCACCCCUCUCAGACGGAAGGAGGAGUUCUCCUUGUUCAAGGUGUCUGACGACGACUACAAAGUGAAAAUCUCGCCUCAGCUGCUCUUGGCCACUCAGCGCUUCCUUUCCCGAGAGGUGGAUGCAUUCAGCCCCCUGCGAAUCUCUGAGAAGGUCCUGCUGCACCUGCUGAAGCAUCCCAGCGUCAACCAGGAAGUGAGGUUUGACGAGAGCAACCGCCUGGCUGCCCACCAUUACCUGUACCAGCGCAGCCGGCCGGUGGACUAUUUCAUUCUCAUCCUGCAGGGCAGGGUUGAGGUGGAGAUCGGGAAAGAGGGCCUGAAGUUCGAGAACGGGGCCUUCACCUACUAUGGAGUGUCUGCCCUGACGGCACCGUCCUCGGUUCACCAGUCCCCAGUGUCCUCGCUGCAGUCUCUCCGCCAGGAGCAGCCCGAGCCCGUCGACGGCACCCGCGUGUCCUCAUACUGUCCUGACUACACUGUGAGAGCCCUCUCGGACCUGCAGUUCAUUAAGGUCUCGCGGCUGCAGUACCUCAAUGCACUCCUGGCUACACGGGCCCAGAACCUGCCACAGUCCCCUGACAGCUCGGACCUCCAGGUCAUCCCAGGCAGCCAGGUCAGGCUCCUCGGUGACAAGAUGGCAGACGCAGCAGGGCCCAACCACAGCAGACCUGGUCUCCCAACAGAGGAGAGCCCUGGGCGGAACCCAGGAGUUUAACUGCUUGCCAGGCAGCCCCAGGUCUGGGGAAUGGACAAGCGCGUGGGGAACUGGAGAAUGCCGAGGAGUAACUUGCUGCCAGCCUGCCCCCACCCCUUCCAGGCCACGUUUUAGAUGGCCCUAACGGCGUAGGUGCUGGGCGGCCCUCAGGCCCGGGCAUCGGCGCCAGGAGCCUUCCGCGGACCCUGUCCUCCUUUAGGAUGGGGCCCGGCCAAGGCGUAGCACCCAGGUCUGCUUCUGGAAGGAGUGAAAGGAGUGCCCCUUCCCCUCCGGCCCCCAGGGCACCGCCUUCUCCCCGUGACAGCGCAGAGCAUCUAUACCUCUUCUGGCCAAGCCAUGAGGCGGGUGCACGGUGACAGCCUUCACGGGGCUGUCCUGCUCCCGCUUUGCUUAUAAUUUGCCAACCUGCUGCUGCUGGCAGCACUUUUUGAACAACCAAGAGCACUCGUUUGGGGAUUCAGGUCCAUUGCCUUGACCAUGGUGAACUCUUUGGGGUCCCUUAUGAUAAUGUGUCUCAAAGCACACCCCAGCCAACUUCAUGUGCCAAACCUAGAAGCCUAAGUACCCGUGAGUCGCCCGCUAGCCCCUCCUGUGGAGGUUGCUUUUCAGACCCUUGUGGAGCGCGAGUGAGCAAGCGAGCCCCCCGGGCCUGAGGAGGCCUGCUCUUUCUGCUUCUCUGCUUGUCUUGCUUAGCUGCCACUAACAGUGUUGUCAUUUUGUGUGUGUGUUCCAAGAGGACUCACGCAUGGGAGGAAGGGAUCUUUGCUGCACCUUUUCUUCCUCGUCAAACCUAGGGAGAGUGGCCAGCCAGUAGCUGUAUUCUGUUACUCCUCAGCAGGCCUCACGGAGGGGCCAUGUGGCUGUGAUGUGCGUGGAGAUGGGCGGAAAGGGAGCCAGUAGAUCCCCAUCACCUUUCAGAAAAAGGACGUGAGAGCAGACCUAUCCCACUUCUGAAAGAUUUCAAGCUUUUUGCUUUGUUCAUGUUCCUAGCAGUGGGGUUUCAGAGAAGUGGGGACCAGAGGCACUUGCCUUUUUCUUCUGGUUUACCUGUGUCACCUUCCACACUUCAGCCGUGUGGAAACCUGGACAUCACAGGGACCUAGGAGCAGAGCUUGGGCAGGGCAGGAGGAAGAUUUCUGGGCCUUUCUCCGAGGAUUUGGGGUUAUACUCUGGGACUAGUGGGAAUAAAGGUCUAAGAACCAUGAUCUGCUCCUUAGAAGUUGUUCUCAAGGAAUUCACUGCCAAGAACCCGGGUGGAGACAUGUUAAAAAUCAUCUCUUUCUGGACAGUGGGUCUCCACUUCGGCUGCACAUUGGAAUCACCUGGCAAAUUAAAAUAUUGAUCCGUCCCCCUUCUGUUCUGAUUCAGUCAGUCUGAACAUCAGGAUUUUAUGCUCUUAAUGACUUUACUUUCUCAAUAGAGUUUCACAUCCCCUCCACUCAGCUUCUGUUAAUGUCCACAUCUUAGAACCGUAGCAAUCUGUCAAAACUGAAAAUUGAGCCAAACUAAUCACUAAAUUACAGACUAUUUCAUUUUACCAGUUUUUCAAUGUCCUUUUCUGUUGCAGGGUCCAAGCCAGCGUACCAAGUUCCGUUUAGAGUUACUACUGUUGUUUUUCUUUAAUUUUCGUUAAAUAGAUUCAUAGGAAGUUGCAGAGGUCAUGCUCCCCUGCCCCCUCCGCCUAGUUUUUCUCUGAUUACAUCUUGCGUAGCUGCAAUACAGUAUCAAGACCAGGAACCCAACACGGCUGUGCUGUGGUGUGUGGUUCAUGUCAUCUCAGAGCUAUCCACUUACCGCACACACACCCCUCCCCCCCGCCCCAGAGUCUCACACACACACCCCCCCCCCCCGCCACCAGCCCUCAUCCUUAGCAACCGCUCAUCAGCUCAUCAUCUCUACGACUUGUCAUUUCUAGGAGGUUGUGUAAGUGGGAUGUGUGGUAUGUAGCCAUUUGGGAUUGGCUUUGUGCAGUCAGCAUCGUACCCUGGAGGCGUGUCCAGCCUGCUACUCAGCGGCUGGUUCGUGAUGCCUGUGGCAUACUCAGUCUCAUCUAAGGACGACUAGGUGUUGCCAGUUUUGGCUCUUCCAAAUAAAGCUGCUAUGAACAUU